AAAUAACAUAAACACAGAGCAUGAACCCGGAAGAAGAGCGAUAUAUCAGACGUGUCAAAUGCUCGCCAUUUACAGGAGGAAGGAAACGCCUUAAACACCUGUGAGGAGACGCUGUUUUUUUUCCCCCCAAACCAAAGUUUCCAUCACCAGCAGCCAUGGGGAAUAUAUUUGCGGGCCUCUUCAAAAUGUUUGGAAAGAAGGAGAUGAGGAUCCUCAUGGUGGGUCUGGAUGCUGCUGGCAAAACGACCAUCUUAUACAAGCUCAAACUAGGAGAGAUUGUAACCACUAUUCCCACAAUAGGUUUUAAUGUAGAGACAGUUGAGUACAAGAACAUCAGCUUUACAGUUUGGGACGUCGGGGGUCAGGAUAAGAUUCGCCCACUGUGGCGUCACUACUUCCAGAACACACAAGGUCUCAUCUUUGUCGUGGACAGCAACGACCGAGAGCGAUGCAACGAGGCUCGUGAAGAGCUCAUGAGAAUGUUAGCAGAAGACGAACUGCGUGGCGCUCUGCUAUUAGUCUUUGCAAAUAAGCAAGACCUCCCUAAUGCCAUGAGUGCAGCUGAAAUCACAGAGGCGCUGGGCCUUCACUCCCUGCAUGGCAGGCAGUGGUACAUCCAGGCCACAUGUGCCACCACUGGCGAUGGUCUCUAUGAAGGACUGGAGUGGUUGUCUAGUCAACUCAAGAACACCUAAAAUUCAUCCCUUCCCCUCCCAUACCCAUCCUACAUUCUGCCUUUCCUCCCCUCUCAUGUGGGCUGUUGUUACAACAAACGUAUGGGCCAACAGUGGAAAUAAUUUAACCAUGAUGGUGUGUAAAGCACACCUUUUAUGGAAAUAUCAAAUAAUUUAAUAGGGCAGCUUUACUUAGUGUGUUUCUAUUGGGGUUUCACUUUCUGGUUGUUGGGCAGUACAAAUAGAAGUGCGUAAUAAAAACUGAGCACAUACACUACUCGAAAAAGUAAUGGUGAAAAAAUAUAUACUUUUAAAACAACUUGUUCCAUAACAAGAACAUUCACAACAGGCAACAUUUUCUGUGACAUGACCACUUUCCUCUGAGAGCCCACCUCAUUUGUUAAGUGUCAUCUUGGUCUCGGGAUGAAGAGAACUAUCUAAAUACCAAUUCUACAAAAAUUCACCAAAAAAAAGAUGCACUUCUGGCAGUACUAACCUUCCUAUUUGGUAAUCACUGGUAUUGACUUUCUAGGAUGUUUUAUGCAACAUAUGCCUUAAGAUCUACCUGCUUCUCUGGUUCAAUGGAGCUUUUUCUUUUUGUAUUGUAAAGUCUCAGGGAUGCGGUUUGCCUUAAAGUGUGUUCACUUUUAACUUUUUUUAAAAAAUGCUCUAUAACACUUAUACUACACUCACUCUUAUUGCAAGUUGUAUAUGUUGUGUAAGGCGAUAUAUUAUUGUUGUUGUCCCCGCUAAUCGGGGGAGACUAUAUACAGCAAAAUGCAUAUGCCUUCUUAUCCAUGCAACCUGUCCUAUGACAUGUUACAUGUCUCAUGUUAGCACUGCUCUGACUAUACCUGGAGGUGGGUUUGUUUUGUCAUAUAUAUAUAUACUGUUUGAGUAAAAAAAAUGUAAUUAAAGUGACUGGACACCAUUGUUUCUGAAAUAUAUUUUUCUUUUGUGUGAUUAUGCAAUAAAACAACAAAUUCA